CCGCAUGCUCUUGAUGGCAUCCCUGUAAUUCCGGAUAUUGACAGAGGUCAAAUUCUUCCGGUCAAACUUCUUAUAUAGACACCCCUUUUCACAUUUUCGCUCUUCCUCUAUCCUUUCUCUUUCUCUGCGAUUUUCUCUCUCUGAUAUUUAUAUUUCUCUCUUUUCGGAGCCAUGGAUGAAAGGCCAGUCACUCUUGAACAUCUGGUCAACGGCGAAGGCGAUGUCACCAAUGCUCACAGCAACCACGGUUGGCAGAAGGUCACCUACGCCAAGCGCAAUCGGAAGCAGCAGUCCAAUAACUCAGAUUCCGUUGGGAAUUCUGAGAAGGUUCGUGUCAAUGGAACGCUCGCCACCGGGGACAAGCCUAAUGUGUUCCGAUCACUCGAGCAGCAGGCGGAGGAGCGGCGCCGGCGGGUCCUGGAAGCUCAGAUGGUGGCUGCUGCUGCUGCCGAUGAUCAUCAGGUCAGAUCGAAGUCCAAGCACAGGUCCGAUGAUGAAGAUGACGACAGUGAUGGCGAAGUCGCGGCGGAGAACGGGCAGGUCCAAGAGAAGAAGGUGAAGAAGCCUAAGGUGAAGAAGCCCAAGGUUACGGUGGCUGAUGCGGCCUCCAAGAUUGAUGCGGCUGAUCUGGCGGCUUUUCUUGUUGAUGUUUCGGCAUCGUACGAAUCGAAAGAGGAUAUACAGCUAAUGCGGUUUGCCGAUUAUUUUGGUCGUGCAUUUUCAGCUGUGAAUUCUUCGCAGUUUCCUUGGAUGAAGAUGUUCAGGGAGUCAACGGUCGCCAAGAUCGCAGAUGUCCCUCUUUGUCAUAUUUCGGAUGUUGUUUAUAAGACAUCAGUUGACUGGAUCAACCAACGUUCCUCUGAGGCACUUGGUUCCUUUGUGUUAUGGUCUUUAGACUGCAUUCUUUCUGACUUAGCAAGCCAGCAAGCUGUUACAAAAGGCUCCAAAAAGGGCUUGCAGCAUGCAUCAUCGAAAUCUCAGGCUGCAAUAUUUGUAGUAUUAGCAAUGGUAUUGAGGAGAAAGCCUGAUGUGUUAAUUAAUUUGUUACCAACAUUGAGGGAAAAUUCGAAGUAUCAAGGACAGGAUAAGCUUUCGGUUAUAGUAUGGAUGGUGGCUCAGGCUUGUCAAGGAGACCUGGCUGUAGGGUUGUAUUUAUGGGCACAUAACAUAUUGCCUAUAGUUAAUGGAAAAUCAAGUUGUAAUCCACAGUCCAGGGAUUUGGUUCUACAAUUAGUGGAAAGAAUUUUGUCUGCCCCAAAAGCCCGAACUAUUUUAGUAAAUGGAGCUAUUAGGAAGGGUGAGCGAUUAGUGCCUCCCUCAGCAUUUGAGAUAUUGAUGCGAGCUACCUUCCCUGCAUCUUCAGCACGGAUAAAGGCAACUGAAAGGUUUGAGGCAGUAUACCCCACUCUAAAAGAAGUAGCCCUAGCUGGUCCUGCUGGAAGCAAAGCAAUGAAGCAGGCUUCACAGCAGAUACUGACUUUCACCAUCAAAGCAGCAGGAGAAAGUAUCCCAGAAUUAUCCAAUGAAGCAAGUAGCAUUUUUAUCUGGUGUUUGACUCAAAAUCCUGAUUGUUAUAAGCAAUGGGACAGGAUCUAUUUGGAUAAUCUAGAAGCUAGUGUUGCAAUUCUGAGAAAGCUUACCGAGCAAUUGAAGGAGUUAUCUCUGAAACAAUCUUCUCUUGAUCCUUUAAGGGAAACUCUCAAGAGUUUUAGGCACAAGAAUGAGAAAGAAUUGGCUGGUGGAGAGGAUGCUGCUCAUCAAGCAUUCCUCAAGGAUGCAGACAAGUACUGUAAGGGAAUUUUAGGAAGGGUAUCUCGUGGCCAUGGGUGCAUGAAAAGUUUGACCUUUGCUGUCAUUGCCGCUGUAGCUGUUGGUGCCGCACUAAUGUCCCCAAACAUGGAAUCCUGGGAUUUGAAGAAGCUGUCUGUAGUGUUCAGCUCCUCACCAUCCUUCUGAUUGGAACACCGCAACAGCAGCCAGUGGUGCAAACUAUCAAUUUUUUUCUCUUUUAAAUCCAAAAAUUCAGCAUCAGCGAAGUAAACAAAUUUUGCCCCAUAAUAAUAUGGCAGAGGAUGAGUUAUUUUCAUGUAAUUUUAUGUGGCUUGAUAGGGUGCUGAAACUAGAUGAGAGUUCAAAGUGAAUUCCAUGGAAGUUGUUUCAAUUUCUUGGGAGUCUCUUAGGACUGACUAUUCAUCUCUAACAUCUGCAAUACCAGCAAAAUGAUAUCAAGGAGAUAGGGUCAUGCAGUUAUCAGGAAGGGAAUUUGAUGACACAAGGCCUUUUAUUUUUUUUCUUUAGUUUUGAUUUGUGGUUGUUAUGUAGUUUUUUAUAUGCUUUGGAUGCGGUAAACAUGUGGUUUGGUAGUCUUUGUAGCUGCAAUCAUGUUGAAUAAGUUGGAAGUUUUAUCUUAUGUUUGGUGUACGAUCCAUCUUGGAGGUUUCAUUUUA